AGAGAAGGAGAGAGAGAGAGAGAGGGGAGAGCGAGAGAGGGAGUGCGAGGGGCUGUGUGUCCCAGCCACACCGCACUCUUCAAACACAACCACAGUCUCGCCACGUUCAAUUCAAUGAAGAUCUAACGAGCCCAAAACACAGACACACAGAGCCAAAGCAGAGAAUAUAUCACACACACACGCUCCACGUGCGUGUUUCUCCUCCUCUCGCCCCGAAGAUCGUUAACGCGUUUGGUGACGGACAACUCGAGGAAAGAAGAAAUACGAGCGAACACACGGGGAAAAGAAGAAGAAGGAGAAGAAGAACCUGAGGACGGAUUUCUUUCCUCCACGUUAUUUUAUUUCCCCAGGACCAGACUGUCAUUACUGGAUGUAAAAACUCUCGAGCUGUCUUUGUAGAAGAGACGGAGAGCCUGAGUUUCAAAGUGACCGCACCAUGGUGAUAAGGCUGUGAAUACCCUGCAUCUGAGAAAUCAGACCAGACUGACUCACAGGGCUCUGUGAGCCAGCACCACCGAGGCUGCCAAAGCAUGCUGGUGCCAAGCUGUCCCACCAUGCACAGAGCCAGACCCACGCUGCUGCUGCCGCUGCUGCUUGUCCUGGGUCUGUUCCUCCACCUCGCCGACGCUCAAACACCACCAAAGUUUUUAAGAACCCCCAAUGACCAAACAGGCGUGCAAGGAGGCGUGGCAUCCUUCAUCUGCCAAGCUACAGGAGAUCCACGGCCGAAGAUUGUGUGGAACAAGAAGGGGAAGAAAGUCAGCAACCAGAGAUUUGAGGUAGUGAUAGAGUUCGACGACGGAUCUGGUUCAGUGCUAAGAAUUCAGCCUUUGCGCACGCCCCGAGAUGAAGCCAUAUAUGAAUGCGUCGCCUCCAACAGUGUUGGAGAGACGAGUGCUACCACCAGACUCACUGUUUUACGUGAGGACCAGCUGCCCCCUGGUUUCCCCACCAUAGACAUGGGCCCACAGUUGAAAGUGGUGGAGCGAACACGCACUGCCACCAUGCUCUGUGCCGCCAGCGGCAACCCCGACCCAGAUAUCUCCUGGUUCAAAGACUUCCUCCCUGUCAACACCACCAACAACAAUGGCCGUAUCAAACAGCUCAGAUCAGAAUCCUUUGGUGGUACACCAAUAAGAGGAGCCCUCCAGAUAGAGCAGAGCGAAGAGUCGGACCAGGGGAAGUAUGAGUGUGUGGCGACCAACAACGAUGGAACCCGCUACUCUGCCCCAGCCAAUCUUUAUGUCAGAGAGCUACGAGAAGUACGUCGGGUGCCACCACGAUUCUCCAUUCCACCUACAGACAAUGAGAUAAUGCCAGGCGGCAGCGUCAAUAUCACAUGUGUGGCAGUGGGCUCUCCCAUGCCAUACGUCAAGUGGAUGCUGGGUGCUGAAGACCUGACGCCCGAGGACGACAUGCCCAUUGGACGGAACGUCUUGGAGCUCACAGACGUCCGGCAGUCGGCCAACUACACCUGUGUGGCCAUGUCGACGCUGGGGGUGAUCGAGGCGGUGGCACAGAUAACGGUGAAAGCAUUGCCCAAGGCUCCAGGCAUCCCUGUGGUGACGGAGCGCACAGCCACCAGCAUAACAUUGACGUGGGACUCUGGGAAUCCUGAACCAGUGUCCUACUACAUCAUCCAGCACAAGUCCAAGUACUCGGAGGACUCCUACAAGGAGAUAGAUGGCGUAGCCACCACCCGGUACAGCGUGGGAGGCCUCAGCCCGUACUCGGACUACGAGUUUCGGGUGGUGGCGGUGAACAACAUCGGGCGAGGGCCACCCAGCGAUAGCAUCGAGGCCAAAACAGCGGAGCAGGCCCCCAGCACGGCACCGAGGCAAGUCAGAGGUCACAUGCUGAGCACCACCACAGCGGUCAUCCACUGGGAUGAACCGGAGGAGCCCAACGGGCAGAUCAUGGGCUACAGAGUGUACUACACCAUGGAUUCCAGCCAACACGUCAACAUCUGGGAGAAGCAGAUAGUUCGGGGGUCUAACUUCGUCACCAUCCAGGGCCUCAUCCCCAAUAAGACCUACUACAUCAAGGUGUUGGCCUACACCUCAGUAGGUGACGGACCUCUCUCCGCAGACCUUCAAAUCAUCGCCAAGACGGGAGUUCCCUCUCAACCAACCGACUUAAGAGGAGAAGCCAAAUCAGAAACAAGUAUUUUACUCUCAUGGAUCGCCCCGGCGCAGACUGGACAAGAAAAUCAAAUCACAGGAUAUGAACUGAUGUACAGGAAGAGGGAUGACAAAGAGGAGAAACGCAUCAGCUUUGAGCCGACAACCACGUACCUGCUGAAGGACUUGAAGCCCUUCACUACUUAUACUUUCCGUCUGGCUGCCCGUAGUAAACAUGGAGUUGGAGCUUACACCAAUGAGAUCUCUGCAGAGACUCCACAGACACAACCCUCGGGCCCACCGCAGGAAGUCAAGUGCUAUAGUUCCAGCUCCACCAACGUCCUGGUAAGUUGGCGGCCACCCCAAGUGGAAUUACAAAAUGGGAUCAUAACCCAAUACACCAUCCAAUAUGCUGCGACGGAAGGAGAGGAUACGACUGCUCAUCAAAUCUCCAGCAUCCCUACGGAAAGUUCUCAGUACCUUUUGGAAAACCUGGACAAAUGGACAGAGUACCGCGUGACGGUCACUGCUCACACAGAUGUCGGGGCGGGACCGGAAAGCCCGCCACAGCUCAUCCGCACAGAGGAGGAUGUUCCUAGCGGGCCACCUCGUAAAGUUGAGGUGGAGGCUGUCAACUCCUCGUCAAUUAAAGUGAUCUGGCGUUCACCGAUGCCCACCAAGCAGCACGGUCAGAUCCGAGGGUACCAGGUGCACUAUGUCAGGAUGGUUAAUGGGGAGCCCACAGGACAGCCAGUCAUCAAGGACAUCCUGAUUGAUGAUGCCCAGUGGGAAUAUGAUGAUUCAACUGAACAUGAAAUGAUCAUCACAGAGCUGCAGGCUGAGACCACAUAUUCAGUUACUGUGGGAGCCUACACAACUAAGGGCGAUGGUGCACGCAGCAAGCCCAAACUGAUCACCACCACUGGCGCAGUUCCUGAUAAACCUCGGCUAAUGGUCAGUACAACCAACAUGGGCACAGCUCUCCUGCAGUGGCAUCCCCCAGCAUUAACCCACGGUCCCCUGCAAGGCUACCGCCUACGUUUUGGCCGCAAAGACGUGGAUCCGCUGACUGUGAUUGAGUUCCCCGAGCGAGAGAACCACUACACAACCAAAGAGAUCCAUAAGGGAGCCUCGUACACUUUCCGCCUUUCCGCACGUAACAAGGUGGGCUUUGGUGAAGAGACGGUCAAAGAAGUCACCACGAAUGAGGAGGUCCCGAGCGGCUACCCUCAGAGCAUUACAGCAGAGGGCGCCACCACCUCCACCAUUCAGGUCAGCUGGCAACCUGUUUUGCUGGCAGAGCGAAAUGGCCAAAUAGUGAAAUAUGCUCUGCAGUAUAAGGACAUCAACAGCCCACGCAGUCCCUCCGAACUCUUCAUCACUGCGCCGGAAUCUACAGUCAUCCUGGAUAGCCUUAAGGCAGAUACCACUUAUGAUAUUAAAAUGUGUGCCUUCACCAGCAAGGGCUCUGGUCCCUAUAGCCCGAGUGUCCAAUUCAGGACACAGCCUUUGGAUCAAGCAGUGUUUGCAAAAAACUUUCACGUGAGAGCUGCCAUGAAGACAUCCGUGCUGCUGAUCUGGGAAAUCCCGGAAACCUACAACCCAGCUCAGCCUUUCACUAUCCUUUACGAUAAUGGGCAGAGUGUGGAGGUGGAUGGGAAGCUAACACGGAAGCUAAUCACAGGCCUUCAACCUGAGACACAGUACUCCUUCCUCCUGACCAAUCGAGGCAACAGUGCCGGAGGUCUGCAGCAUCGAGUGUCCACCAUGACGGCACCAGACAUUCUACGCACCAAACCCUUCCUGAUUGGCAAAACCAACUCAGACGGUAUGGUGACGGUGGAGCUGCCGUCAGUGCAGACUGCUGAGAAAAUAAGGGGAUAUUACAUCGUGGUCGUGCCUCUGAAGAAGCAGCGCACCGGCAAGUUUUUCAAACCCUGGGACAAUCCUGAUGAGAUGAAUUUGGAGGAGCUGCUGAAGGAGAUAAACCAAACUAGCAGAGGCCUUCGGUUCCGGAGGCAGGCAGAACCCAAAGCCUACAUCGCUGCAUACUUCAAAGACCUGCCCAGCGAGUUCACUCUGGGAGAUGGCAAGACCUACAGGGGCUUUGAAAACAAGCAACUCCAGAAUGGCCAGGAGUACAUCUUCUUUGUGCUUGCUGUUUUGGAGAUGUCUGAAAAUAUCAUGUACGCCACGAGCCCGUACUCUGACCCGGUCGUGUCAGCCGACAUAGACCCCCAGCCCAUCAUCGACGAGGAGGAAGGCCUCAUCUGGGUGGUGGGCCCUGUGCUAGCUGUUGUCUUCAUCAUAUGCAUCGUCAUUGCUAUCCUCCUCUACAAAAGCAAACCAGACAGAAAAAGAGCAGAAUCUGAAGCUAGGAAAGGAAGUCUCCCCAACAGCAAGGAAAUGCCUCUGCAUCAUCCCACUGACCCCGUAGAGCUGCGGCGCCUCAACUUCCAAACGCCUGGUUCAGGUGCGUCCAGUCACCCCAGUAACCUCCAUUUGUCAAGUAUGGCAAGCCACCCUCAAAUCCCAAUUAUGGACCUGGCAGAUCAUCUGGAGCGCUUGAAAGCCAACGACAACCUCAAGUUUUCACAGGAAUAUGAGUCCAUCGACCCUGGUCAGCAGUUCACCUGGGAGCACUCGAACCUGGAGGUCAACAAACCAAAGAACAGAUAUGCCAACGUGAUUGCCUACGAUCACUCCAGAGUCCUGCUCUCUGCUAUUGAUGGAAUCCCUGGAAGUGACUACAUCAACGCCAACUACAUUGAUGGCUACAGGAAGCAGAACGCCUACAUCGCCACCCAAGGAUCUCUGCCAGAAACAUUUGGUGAAUUCUGGAGGAUGAUCUGGGAGCAGAGGAGUGCGAUCAUCGUCAUGAUGACCAAACUGGAGGAGCGGUCGAGGGUUAAAUGUGACCAGUACUGGCCGACAAGAGCGACUGAGACAUACGGCCUCAUCCAAGUGUCAUUGCUAGACACAGUCGAGCUGGCCACAUACUGCGUCAGGACAUUUGCACUUUUUAAAAAUGGCUCCAGUGAGAAGAGAGAGGUGAGGCAGUUCCAGUUCACGGCCUGGCCAGACCACGGUGUACCCGAGCACCCCACUCCGUUCCUGGCCUUCCUGAGACGGGUGAAAGCGUGCAAUCCUCCAGAUGCAGGGCCCAUGGUGGUGCACUGCAGUGCUGGAGUGGGACGCACAGGUUGCUUCAUCGUGAUUGAUGCCAUGAUGGAACGAAUCAAACACGAGAAGACUGUGGACAUCUACGGGCAUGUAACGCUAAUGCGUGCCCAGCGCAACUACAUGGUGCAGACAGAGGACCAGUAUGUCUUUAUACACGACGCGCUUCAAGAGGCCGUCAACUGCGGCACCACCGAAGUGCCCGCCAGAAACCUAUACGCCUACAUCCAGAAACUGACGCAGAUAGAAGGAGGAGAGAAUGUCACCGGCAUGGAGCUCGAGUUCAAGCGUUUAGCGAACACUAAAGCCCAUACAUCACGAUUCAUCAGUGCCAAUCUCCCCUGCAACAAGUUCAAGAACCGCCUUGUUAACAUAAUGCCAUACGAGUCCACACGAGUGUGUCUUCAGCCAAUCCGAGGAGUUGAGGGCUCCGACUACAUCAAUGCCAGUUUCAUUGAUGGGUACAGGCAACAGAAAGCUUAUAUUGCCACACAGGGACCACUGGCAGAGACCACAGAGGACUUCUGGAGAAUGCUCUGGGAGCACAACUCUACGAUUGUCGUUAUGCUCACCAAGCUUAGAGAAAUGGGCAGGGAAAAAUGCCACCAGUACUGGCCAGCAGAGAGGUCGGCCAGAUACCAGUACUUUGUGGUGGACCCCAUGGCCGAGUAUAACAUGCCCCAGUAUAUCCUGAGAGAGUUCAAAGUGACUGACGCCAGGGAUGGACAGUCGCGGACAGUAAGGCAGUUUCAGUUCACAGACUGGCCUGAACAAGGAGUGCCAAAAUCAGGAGAGGGCUUCAUCGAUUUCAUUGGCCAAGUACAUAAAACAAAAGAGCAGUUUGGCCAAGAUGGGCCUAUCUCGGUCCACUGUAGCGCGGGUGUUGGUAGAACUGGAGUUUUCAUCACCCUCAGCAUCGUCUUGGAACGAAUGAGAUACGAGGGCGUAGUAGACAUCUUUCAGACAGUGAAAAUGUUACGGACACAGAGACCAGCUAUGGUGCAGACAGAGGAUCAAUACCAGUUCUGCUACAGAGCUGGCUUGGAGUACCUGGGAAGCUUUGAUCACUAUGCAACGUAAAAGACCCAGUACUGGAAGAAAAAAGCAGAGGGCCCUUUGGAAAGAAAACCCAGCGAGCCUCUCUUCUGAGCCAUAAAUUCCUGCUUGAGAAAGAACUCCUUAACUCCUUGCUAACAACUCAUUAAGUGUUGGAUGUGUGACAUGACUUGUCAAAAAAUGAAAAAGAUGAUUCCCGGAGGACCAAGUAUUUCCCAACCCUGAUAAAACCUCGCCUUGAUACAAAGUGAGGGGAUCCUGACUGUUGAAGCAUCGUACGGAAUUACCUUUUCUUUUGCUUCAAGGAUUCAUUUUGGGGCUCAUAAAACUGAAUGAAACCAACACAACAAAAAAGUAAAUGAACAAUAAUGACAUCGUCAGAAAUGCAUCAGUGAUUAUGAACCAUUACGAGAGGCAUUGGAGGCACACAGAAUUGCAGGGGGGGGGGGGGGGGGGGGGUGACUCGAUGCACAUUGUAAAGAAAAAAAAUCUGUUUCACAAUCAAGUACACACAGACAACCCAUCGAAAAAGACGACAACGCUUGGUCCACAUCAGCAGGACAGAAUUAAAGUAAUAAUGAAUUAAUAACCCUUUUCCUGUCGCAAUGUUCAUCAUCAAAAUUUUGGGAGGGUAAAGCUCAAAUGAUCUAUGAAAUAAAUAAAAUUAUUGAUUUAGUUUUUUAGUACUUUAUUAUACAGCUGAUGUGCUUUUUUUGAACUGUGUGAAUUUCCUUUUUUUACACAAAUGUAUCGCUUGGAGAAGAAAAGUGAUAAUACGUAAAUGUUCUUUUUUUUUUAAGCUGUAGAACUGUUCUGACGUACGUGCUAUUUUGCAGAGAAUCUCUUUUGUUUUCAUUUUGUUUCCGUUUUGUUCCCCCUCAUUUCGUUGCACACGGUGCACAGAACAGAUCACUAUCAAAACGUACGUUUUUUCAAGAGUUAUUUUUGGUUAUUGUCCAUGACCACACACACGGAAACUUAAUUACUCCCAUAAGAUAAACUGGGGCUUUGUGGAAUCAACAGGGAGGAGCAAAGUAUGAAGUUGCUGCUACCGAUUAUCUUAGUUCUUCCAUGUGAGAAGGGUGAUAAUAGAGAACCUGAUGAAUUGGAUAAGAUAUAUGAAUAUAUAGAUAUAUGGUACAUAUUGUCAAAUAUAUGUGAAAUAUAUAUUAAAGCAUAAAUAUAAAAUUCUAAAUAUAUUGAUAAAGUACAUAAUUUAUGAGUAAAAAGUAUAUGAAAUAUGGAUUGUCUAUGAAAGCUUCCAGAUUGAGAGUUGUGUGCUAUGGGGGAAAUGAGACUUUUCACUGGAAUGCACAUCAGCAGGACAAAAUUGUAUCCGAUUCAAUGCUUCUUUUCUUGUGCAAUAAAUAUCUGUGUUUUUAGAUAGGGUUUUAUGUGGAUGUCAUUCACUCAUGACAUUGUUGUUCCCCCCGCAAGUGAGGUGUGGGAGUGGGAAUGUCGGGUGCCAGUCAAAGCAUCACUGAUGCAUUUUUUUUCAAGCUCUCACACAGCCGCAAUCACCGCUCCACACAAUAGGGCAAAGUACAAAGACGUCACUUUCUUGUGGUUCUUUAAAGCAUUCAAUUGUAAAGACAUUUCUUUUUCAUUUUGCAUUUAGAGUGCCUUAUAUUUAUGCCUGUUUUUAUAAUGUUUCAUUUAAAAAAUAAUGUAUCCUUUGAGUAAUCUAGGCAUUUAGUGUAAAUGUAACUGUAUAGUUUAUUUACCUGUAGUAUUCAUUUGUCACAUGAUGAGAUUAUAUAUGCAAAUAAGAACAUUUCAAAGCUCAUAAUUUUCAUUUUCAGUGGCCUUAUUGUGGCUAAGUGAAUUAGAAUACAACUGUUUAUAUAUCGCUGACCGUAAACAACAUGUUCCGACACAGAGACAGGAAGCAGAAUAUUAAACAUCCCGACAUAAUGGCAACGAGCUUCUUACAGAUUGUCACCAUGGACACAUUUAAGACGCAAUUUUCCAAUUCUAAAAUCGUCAAACUGAAAACUCACGGGUCGUCACCGCAGGGUUGCUUCUUCAUGCCUUAGGUUUGAAUUCUGGACUUCAUCUGUGUCACUACAGAGAAACAAUCUGCAACAAGUGAUCACGUGUGUGUGUGUGUGUGUGUGUGUGUGCGUGUGUGUGUUACGUCACGUUAGAGGGGUUUGGUCUUUAUGUUGAGCAGCGUCUUUCAUUUCUCUGACCCUCCUUCCCGGCGUUGUGGAUGUGCAUUCCAGGUGCUUUCUUUCCCUUCUGAACUCAAGCAGCGAUGUGUUUCUGUCAACUGCUUAACGUUUGUCAUUAUUUUGAGAUAUAAAAGUGCUAUUAUUUAACUUCAUGGUGGCUAACGUUACAUUAUGUUCAAGUCUCGGAUGUUUAUUUUCUCAUCUCAGUUUUUCCUAUUUUUCAUAUGCAGGGUGAAACAUGCAGAAAGGCCAAAGCUGGCCUGGUAGGAAGAUUUGCACUUUCUCUAUCUUUGUACUAUGCACUGCCCUAUUGAUUCUAAACCCAAUAAUAUAUUACUUGAACCCAUCUAUAAAAAAAAACCUCCUUAAACGUUCACUUUGUGUGUAUGUAAAUAACACAAAAAAGGUAUCAACUCUUGAAAAAGACAAAAAAAAAAAAAGUUGUGGCGAAAAAGAGCAUCCAUUCUGAUGCCAUGGUUACUCCAGCAGAUGACUUGAGAAUAAAUCUGUCCCCCGACCAUCUGUUCUUGUGGCUUUGCCAUUCAAGCUUGGAGUGUCAUUACCAGAAAUAAACGUUGUGUUCUCUGCUCUCUAUCUAUCUCUCGUCUGGAUGCAUAGACUGAAAAUUAAAUAAUGAAAUUGUAAAAAAAAUGGCUUGUUAAAAAGAUCAUACAAUUACCUCUGAUUAGUUGUAAACUGUUUCUUUUUCUGAAUGAAAGGAGUGCUUUUUAUUUUCUUACUUAGGUUACAUUGGUGGCGAAAGAAGUCUGUAUGAAAAUCAGUUCUUUGCUGACACAAGUUCCAUUUGUUAUAAAUUAAUUCUAUUAAAAAAUGUCAGUGUUA